GUCGUGGGGUUGGGGCGUUCGGGGGUGAGCCAGAAGCUGCGUGCGCUUCCGCGGCCUCAAAAGUAGGGGUUCGCAACGAUGGAUUUCCUUUUUUUUUUUUCAUGCUGGGUGUCAUCGUUGAAGGUCUCAAGCUCGCUUGCGGCAAGAGGCCAGAGGACGAGAGCACGGAGGGAGGAGUGGGAGAGGUGGUGGAGCAAGGGCCUAACAGCAGGAAGGACAAGUGAUCCCGUUGGAUAUUCUGCUGCUUUUGUUGGACUGACUGGGGAUUGCGAUUGCAAGUCGGUCAGUGCCUUCCGGUCAUUUGUGCCUUGCCGCCUGCUUUAGUCCGGCCAAAAAAAGCUCUCAGUAUCUGCCUGUUACAGGUGCUCCGCUUCAUCUCGGGAAAUCUCUCAAUCGGAAAGGGACAGGCUGUGUGUGAACCUCGCAGUAGUUGGCACAUCGCUCUCUAUCGGGUGCUCGUCCAACCGUAGCUCGUCGAGAAAUUCCCUCAGACCUCAGUCGAAAGAAUCGGACCGAGCUGCCUCGGUGCGGAGAGUCAACUCUACCCGAAGGACUGACGUUGCCGCAGGAUCGCCCGAGUUUUCAGCGUCCCUCCCUCCUUCUCGCCCUCAUUCCCGCCCCUCGGAGAUCUCGACCAAGAGCCAGCUCUCGUCUGAGCUGAACACAUCCCGAAGCCAGACUUCUCUCAGCUCGUUCUCCUGCUCGACUCCAACUACUCUCGUGCGACCUUGGUCCGUCAGGGGUAGCGGCUUCAAGAUGCCAACGGCAGCGCUCUCCAAGGUUGCUGGAACUGUGGCAGCAUUUGCCGAUAAACCGGUGACAACACCCUUCCGAGACUCGGUUGUGGGCCAGAAAUUCAAUGUACAUAGUGCGUUCUACGGCCAGUCUCUGCGGGUGCAAUCGGCCGUCAGCGGACGCUCGGACUCUCGGUUGUCUUCUCGGCGCUCAUCACGCUCUGGAAUCACAUUCUGCGCUGUCACCAGCCCUACGCAGCCGUCAGUAGAUCAGCCCUCUUCUCAGCCGCCUGCAUCUGAAUCUACGAAGACAGAGUGUUUUGGAGUUUUCUGUGUGACCUAUGAUUUGAAAGAGGUCAGUUGGAUAACUUCAGACGAGAGGCCUAAGACAUGGAAGAAGACUGUUCGGAUUGCAGUAUCAGGAGCCGCUGGUGCGAUCUCGAACCAUCUGCUGUUCAAGCUUGCGUCAGGAGAGGUUUUUGGACAAGACCAACCCAUAGCUCUCAACCUUCUAGGUUCUGUGAGGUCCAGGAAUGCCCUCGAAGGAGUCGCAAUGGAGUUGGAAGAUUCCUUGUUCCCCUUGUUGCGGGAAGUCAACAUCGGCAUCGAACCAACGGAAGUUUUCCGUGACGCCGACUGGGCCUUGCUGAUUGGUGCUAAGCCACGAGGUCCCGGCAUGGAGCGAGCUGACUUAUUAGACAUUAAUGGUCAGAUCUUUGCCGAACAGGGUAAAGCCUUGAACGAGGUCGCCAGUCCUAACGUUAAAGUUAUGGUAGUUGGAAACCCCUGCAAUACGAAUGCACUCAUCGCUUUGAAGAAUGCUCCCCGAAUUCCAGCGAAAAAUUUCCAUGCGCUGACCAGGUUGGAUGAGAACAGAGCCAAAUGUCAGCUGGCUUUGAAAGCAGGAGUCUUUUACGACAAUGUGUCCAACUGUACCAUUUGGGGCAACCACAGCACCACUCAGGUGCCCGACUUCCUAAACGCCAAAAUUCACGGAAGGCAAGUGAAGGAUGUUAUCACAGACCACAAGUGGUUGGAGGAGGAGUUCACUCCCCGAGUGCAAACUCGUGGAGGUGCUUUGAUCAAGAAGUGGGGGCGUUCUUCCGCAGCAUCUACGGCCGUGUCUAUUGCUGAUGCCAUUAAGUCUCUCAUCACUCCUACUCCGGAAGGCGACUGGUUUUCAUCAGGGGUGUACACCAACGGAAAUCCUUAUGGUAUUGCCGAAGACAUUGUAUUCAGUAUGCCUUGCCGUUCAAAGGGCGAUGGUGAUUACGAAGUAGUACCACACUGUCUGAUUGAUGAUUAUCUCUACGCACGCAUCAAGAAGAGUGAGGAUGAACUCAUUGCCGAGAAAAAGUGUGUCGCCCACCUUAUUGGCGAGGAUUGGGAACCCGAAGGCGGGCUUGCCAGAGCUGCGUCUGAAGUAAAUGAAUUUUCCGCGACGAGAUAUGGCUGGCCGGGACGAUACAUGAGUUUGCGACCAUGUGGAUUUCCGGACGAGACGUGCAAAACGAAGAAAUUAAGUCAAUUUUCUUAAUGUUGUUUGCAGUCUGGCGGCGUUUGCAGCAUCACCGAGGACACGAUGCUUCCUGGCGAAGUAUAAACGUGCCGAUUUUUAUAAGUUUGACGUAGAAAUCUCUACUCGAGGUUAAUUCAAGAGUUAUGGAAGGAGGGAAAGACCACUGUGGGUCUACGAAGUAGUAAAGCAGUAUUGGUCCCCCCAUCACAUUGGUUGCACCAUUCCUCGGAAGGCGCUCUUCGGCAACUUCUAUACAUGUCGCCACCUGAGCUUCAUUGACACAGCAUAAAGACCUCCAGGCUAGAUGAAUCAAAGAGGAGUGAAAGCUGAGAUUUCCGUUUUUCAACCGUAGGUCGAGUUUUGUGGUAUUAAUACGUUCGUGUCAUUUCAAUUCGAAACUCACGACUGUUGUAGUUAAAAGUCCUUUGGUGGAAUGCUUGGCUGGAGAAUGUGAGGAUGUGUAAGUUGUUCAUUUUUUCUCCGAUCCUUCAGCGUAGAUUAUACAGGCGAGGAGAGGAAAGCAAUUUAUUGAGACAUUAGAUCAUCAUUGAGGUUGCUCGCACCAUUGUAUGUUCCGUCUUCCUGGUAUAUAUUGGAAAUAAACAGUGUACGUAUGUAAUACGGAGCUAAUUUUGUCCG